AUGAAUUUUCUAAUUUCAAUUGCGUUGCUUCUUGUACAGGUGUUUGCUUGUACUGCGGUGGGUAACGGUUCUGCGACAAUAAAUCAACUUCCCAAUUACGCCGCGCAGAAUGUUUUCGACCCGAAUGCAUUUGUGCAGACCGAUGAUGGAUUCGUUUUUCCAUCUGUAUCAGAAACGUUAGCCGUUAAUAAUCAGUAUGGACUUUUGCAAGAUCAUUUCCUAUUGCUAAAAUUGCAACAGCUGAACAGAGAAAGAAUUCCCGCUAGGGUGGUACAUGGAAAGGGCGCAGGUGCCACAGGCUAUUUCAUCGUCACAAACGAUAUAUCCAAAUACACCAGAGCCGAUUUCCUGCAACUCGGCAGGAAGACAAAGAUAGCAGUUCGUUUUUCGGGAGCUACUUCAGAGCCUGGAACUCCGGAUACAUUGUUUAGUGCUACCGGAUUUGCCAUUAAAUUGUACACACGAGAUGGAAACCAUGAUUUCGUUGCCUUUAACACAGAAGUGUUUACGUUCAGAGAUGCAAUGAAAUUUGCUGAUAGUACACAUGCGGCCUUACGCAAUCCUCAGACACAUUUUUUUGAUGUCAAUGCUUUCUUCGACUUCCUUGUACAUGACCUUGAGUCGACGUAUUUUACGAUACAGUUUUUCUCGGAUGCAAUGUUUCCCAAAUCGUAUAGGUUUGUCGAUGGACACACCAUUAAUAUAUUCAAAUUAGUCAAUGCAAACGGUGAUUACGUUUACGCAAGAUUUCAUUGGUUCUCCGAUUAUGUGGACAAACCAUUCUUUAAAACACUAGAGGAUGCUGCGCUGGUUGCUGGUCAGAAUCCGGACUUCUUAAUCCAGGAACUUUUUGAUAGUAUUGCUAGCGGUGAAUGGCCCAGUUGGACAUUCAAAAUACAAGUAAUGACUGAAAAGGAGGCUAAAAAUUAUAAAGGAGACCCAUUCGAUAUAACAAAGGCUUGGUUGGAUGUUCCGAUGAUAACUGUCGGUAACUUUGUCUUAGACAGAAAUCCAGACAAUUAUUUCGCUGAAGUGGAACAAAUUGCAUUUUGUCCGGGGCACAUGGUACCGGGAAUCGAGCCAGGACCCGAUCGUUUACUUCAAGCAAGAAUGUUUGCUUAUUCAGACGCUCACAAAUACAGACUGGGAGUUAAUAACGCACAGAUUCCAAUUAACCGUUGUCCAUUCGAAGCACGUGUCUUGAACAGAGACGGUUUCAUGAACGUUGGUCCAAAUGGUGGAAAUUCUCCGAACUAUUAUCCGAACAGUUUCCAUGGAGUAACGUCUAACAAUCAAAAUUACUAUAAACAGGCACCAUUCCAGAUAUGCGGCACUGCAGAUCGUGUCAAAGAUUUCGAGCCAGAUUUCUUUUCGCAAUCAAAAUUGUUUGUAGAAAAUUUGGAAACCAAUGAUCCUGAACAGCUUCAGAGACUCCUAGCUAGAUUUGCUGCUUUUCUUUCUCGAGCUACGGGACGCUUACAACAAGAAAUAGUAAGAAACAUGGGCUACGGCGUAUCUAAAAGUUUCGGCAGGCAGCUUGAGAACGCUUUGAAUGCUAUCACAAAUUCUACAUCAACGUCUUAGUUGUGUUACAAGGACAUCAAGAAUAAAAACGGAUCGAAAAACAAACCUUAUUUUCAUUGACUGGUUUUCUGAGUUUUCCGUAUAUCAGAAACAGGUGUGGCUUGGCUGCAGUGAAUGUGCUAAGACUGCAGAUUCGAGCAGUUAUGUCUAAGAGCAUUGAUUGAUUGUGUGUGGGUAGGAGAACUUUUCUGUUCGCUAGAUAGAUUGUGGAAAUUGU